GUUUCAUUGCCUCAGACCGCAGGGUCUUGCUCAAAAUUGCUCAAAUACAUUACGUGCUGCCCCCGUUCUUCCUCCUCCUUUUCGUCCCAUAUCUCGUCGUGACUUUCCAUUUCUGUUGCAGAUUUCGAACCUUUGAAGCUUCCCAAGUUCAUCAAGCCGUAGAAAUGACAGUCAUUGGUCUUCUCCUCGCCGCCCUGGCAGGAAUUGCUGUUGCGCAGUCAGGUGACCUAGUCACGGUCCUCAACUCGACGAACGGCACUUCCACCAUUGGUGAAGUCGUUGGACAGGUCCCUGGUUUCCUAGAAGCUAUAUCUGGAAAGACAAAUCUUACCGUUCUCGCCCCAAAUGACACUGCCAUUGCGGAGCUUCUAGCUGGACCACGCGGACAAGCCCUCGAAGACGCCGGCACCGACUAUCUCCUGAACCUGCUUCUCUACCAUGUCAUCAACGGCGGCUACGGCAACAUCACAGACUAUACUGUUGCACCGACACUCCUCACUUCGAGCAACUACACCAACGUGACUGGUGGACAGCACGUCGCGUUCUACUGGGACGAUGAUGAAGACCUGGUCGGCUUCUAUGGAGGCAAUGACUAUAAACCGGAGGCCAGCCACACAUCCAUUCCCUUUGAUCAGGGAUGGAUCUAUGUCAUCGAUGGCGUUCUGCAAAUCCCCCCGGCCAUGUCCGAGACCGUCACCUCGGGCGACUUCAACGGCAGUUCAUUUGUUGCUGCGCUGGAAAAAGCAGGACUGAAAGAGGAGUUUGACCAACUUCAUGAUGCAACAUACUUUGUCCCUGUCAAUGAUGGGUUCGACGCCGUCGAGGAUGCCCUGUCAAAGCUGAGCACCGAGGAACUAGUUGAAGUUCUUCGAUACCAUGUCGUCGCUGGCAAAGUCUGGGACUUUGAGCAGUUGGAAGAAGUAACUCAAGUGACUACCUUGCAAGGAAAGAACUUGACUGUGUCCAUGACGCCUGAUGAGGAAUGGUACAUCAAUCAAGCAGGAGUCAGCUAUACCGACCUCACGGCCGCUGGAGGUGUCAUCAUCUUCAUUGACAAUGUCCUGAAUCCUUUUGCCGGCUUUGCUCCACCUCGGAAUGGCACCGAUGGAGACGGUGUGCCUGCGUUCGCCGUCUCGAAUGCGACCUCCACAUCCGGGCCUGGCGUUUCGAGCACGGCAUCUGCCACUGGUGGCGCCGCAAGCUCUACUUACACUGGUGUUGCAGCAAUGCCAUUGAGUGUUGGAAUCAGCAGCUUGUUGGGUGGAGUUGCAGUUGCUCUUCUUUUGUAAGAGCUGUAAUGGGAGGUAGCGGGAAUAAGCUGCAAUUACACGGAAGCCGUAAUGAAGCUGUUUGACCUGUAGAAAGCAAAUAUCAGAUGAGCACAUAGCCUAGACAACAACCAGAGGAACUGUAGAUCAAAUCGAUCCACCUUGCAUUCA